CUUAAAACCAUCCUAGAGAGCAAUUUUCGCACCCUUUAUCUUGAUUUUCUGUUGUCGAACCCUAAACAGAUUCAAAUUUCGAUUAUCUGAGACAAUAUAAAACAGUUCCCUGGCCUACACAUCCUUUUCUUUCACAGCUAGCUUUUCCCACAUAAUAUAAUUCUAAUACUUCCAGGCUUCGAAAGUUCGAAACCAUGUCUAGUACUUCUGCUAGUAACUUGCAUGCAAAAGUGUGGAGCAUAGAGUUGAUCCUAGAUGUUCGAAACAAAAGUCUUAACGUGCAGAAGAGAAAGUGGCAUUCUGCCUUUGUGGCCAUCUACUGCUCUAGAGCCUUCCUCAAACCUCCUGUGCUAAAAGACAUCAACAUCAACACCAAAUUACUAUCUCGCUCUCCCUCUCACACUACCAUUAGUGUUGAUGAUUCGGUUUCGGUGCCAGACGCUAAUGGCUUCAGAAUAGACCAGACAAGACUCACUGAGCUUGUGAAGGCAAAAGAUCUAAACCAGCUCCAUGAGUUGGGAGGGGCUCAAGGUGUAGCAAAAGCACUCGAAACUGAUGUAGAGCAUGGAAUUCAUGGCGAAGAUGCUGAAGACAUUCUCAAGAGAAUUGAAGCGUUUGGUUCCAACACAUACAAGAGACCACCAAAGAAAGGCUUCUUCCAUUUUGUUUGGGAAGCCUUCAAAGACCUCACAAUCUUAAUCCUCUUGGGAUGUGCUGCGCUUUCUCUUGGUUUUGGAAUCAAAGAGCAUGGUUUAAAAGAAGGUUGGAUCGACGGUGGAAGCAUAUGUCUUGCAAUAAUUCUAGUUAUUUCUGUUUCGGCCAUAAGCAACUAUAGACAGAGCAUACAGUUUGACAAAUUGUCAAAAGUCAGUAAUAAUCUCCAGAUUGAGGCUGUGAGAAAGGGAAGGCGCCAACAGAUUUCGAUAUUUGAUAUUGUGGUUGGUGAUGUCAUUUGUUUGAAGAUUGGAGAUCAAGUUCCAGCUGAUGGAUUGCUUCAGGAUGGCCAUUCUUUAUCAGUAGAUGAAUCAAGUAUGACAGGGGAGAGUGACCAUGUUGAAAUUAGCAUUACUCAGAAUCCAUUCUUACUUUCUGGAACUAAAAUUGCUGAUGGUUAUGGUCGGAUGCUUGUCACAUCUGUUGGGAUGAACACAAAUUGGGGUGAAAUGAUGAGCAAAAUCAGCCAGGACACGAGUGAAAAGACGCCUCUACAAGCACGUCUAGACAAGCUAACUUCAUCUAUAGGUAAAGUUGGUUUGGCAGUUGCUUUCUUAGUUCUUUCAGUCAUGUUGGUUCGAUACUUCACAGGGAAUACCGUGGAUGAGAAUGGAAGCAAAAUGUUCAAUGGCAGCAAGACAAAAGUAGAUGACAUAAUAAAUGCUAUCAUUGGAAUUGUAGCAGCUGCGGUUACAAUUGUUGUAGUAGCAAUUCCAGAAGGUCUGCCAUUGGCUGUGACUCUCACUCUUGCUUAUUCCAUGAAGAGAAUGAUGGCUGAUAAUGCAAUGGUACGGAAGCUCUCUGCUUGUGAGACCAUGGGGUCUGCUACAACAAUUUGUACAGACAAAACAGGUACUCUGACCAUGAACCAGAUGAAGGUGACUAAGUUUUGGUUGGGGAAAGAAUCUGUGGAAAAAGAAGCUUAUUCAUCUAUUUCUCCUUGUGUUCUCGACUUUAUUCAAGAAGGGGUUGCUCUCAAUACAACUGGUAGUGUGUACAGGCCUAGCUUGGAUUCAAAAAUUGAGGUCUCUGGCAGUCCAACCGAAAAGGCUAUUCUAUCAUGGGCGGUUCAUGAUACAAAGAUGGAUAUGGAGAAUGUGGUAAAGAGUUGUAGCAUUCUCCAUGUUGAGGCUUUCAAUUCACAGAAGAAACGUAGUGGGGUUUUAAUUAAGAGGAAGGCAGAUAAUACAGUCCAAGUACAUUAUAAAGGAGCUGCAGAGAUGAUACUAGCAAUGUGUACAAGUUACUAUGAUGCCUCUGGAGUUGUUAAGGAUAUGGAUUACAAUGAAAAAAUGAACUUUGAGCAGAUUAUUCAAGGUAUGGCAGCCAGCAGCCUCAGAUGCAUCGCAUUCGCACAUAAAGAAGUUGCAGCAGAGGAGCAAGUUGAAGGAGACCAGAAAGUUGCGCUGAGGGAAGAUGGUUUGACCCUAUUGGGACUUGUAGGUCUUAAAGAUCCAUGUCGUCCAGGAGUGAAGAAAGCAGUUGAAGACUGUCAAUAUGCAGGUGUGAACAUCAAAAUGAUCACUGGCGAUAAUGUUUUCACUGCAAAAGCCAUAGCUACUGAGUGUGGGAUACUCAGGCCUGGUCAGGACAUGCUCGGAGCAGUCAUAGAAGGUGUCGAAUUUCGCAACUACACUCCAGAACAGAGAAUGGAGAAGGUUGAGGCAAUAUGUGUAAUGGCGAGGUCUUCUCCUUUUGAUAAGCUUCUGAUGGUACAAUGCUUGAAGCAGAAAGGUCAUGUAGUUGCAGUGACAGGUGAUGGAACCAAUGAUGCACCAGCAUUGAAAGAAGCUGAUAUAGGACUUUCUAUGGGGAUUCAAGGCACAGAAGUUGCUAAAGAGAGCUCGGAUAUUGUGAUCAUGGAUGAUAACUUUGCUUCAGUUGCUACAGUUUUGAUGUGGGGAAGAUGUGUGUACAAUAAUAUCCAGAAGUUCAUCCAAUUCCAGCUCACUGUCAAUGUUGCAGCUCUUGUUAUCAACUUUGUAGCUGCAGUUUCAGCAGGUCAAGUCCCAUUAACAGCAGUUCAGUUAUUGUGGGUGAACUUGAUCAUGGACACACUUGGAGCUCUUGCUCUUGCCACAGAAAAGCCCACAAAAGAACUCAUGGAGAAGCCACCAGUGGGAAGGACAGCGCCUCUCAUCACAAACGUCAUGUGGAGGAACCUCUUGCCUCAAGCAUUGUACCAGAUAACAGUCCUCUUGAUCCUGCAAUUCAGGGGCAAAGCAAUCUUUGGUGUCACUGAUAAGGUAAAGGACACAUUGAUCUUCAACACUUUUGUGCUUUGCCAGGUUUUCAAUGAGUUCAAUGCGAGGAAGCUAGAGAAGAAGAAUGUCUUCAAGGGAAUACACACCAACAAGUUAUUUAUGGGAAUCAUUGCAGCAACAAUUAUUCUCCAAGUGGUGAUGGUGGAGUUUCUUAAGAAAUUUGCAGAUACAGAGAGAUUGAACUGGGGACAAUGGGGUAUAUGCAUUGGCAUUGCAGUCAUCUCUUGGCCAAUUGGUUGGGUGUUCAAGUCAAUACCUGUUCCAGAGAAAUCCUUUCUCAUUUAUCUAAAGAUGAAGAAUUAUAAGAGCAACAUUUGAACUUUGAAUCUCCAGGCUGGAUCCAUUAGUAAAUCUGUAGUAAAUUUUUUUUUGCUUAAAUACUGUAGUUUGAAAUUUUAAAUUUAUGAUAUACCGUAUAUAAGAUAUAAUGUAAUUUGAACUUUAUCUAUGUUCAACUGUCAUUUUAUAUUUUUACUUCCCUCCCUCAAUUGAUGAUGUAAUAUACACUAUUUUUUUUCCCAAGAACAGAAAUAACAUUUUUUUCGA